UGGCGGUUUGGGCUCUGAGACAAAAUGCCAAACGCUAUCAAUGUCAUCCAUUUAAAGUUUCAGUCUGGUGCUCCCAAAUUUGUGGGGAGAUUUGCAGCUGUGAUCAAAAAUUGCCUUGGGCACCUAACAGAAACACCACAUACGACAAACAGAAGCCAUUCUGAAUAUAAAACAGCACAAAUUCUUUGCCAGAAAUGUGUAUUAGCCCAUUAAAUCUUCUGAAGCACUUGGUUCAUAUUGUUCUCAUCUGCUCCUCAGGUUGACAGGACUGUAAGGGACUCAGACUCGUCACCCCAGUAAAUCUACACACCAGAAACCCACAUUCUCCCAUCUGGUUAAUACCAUCCUCAGUUUAGCUCAUAAGAGACUUUCAACAGUUUAAGACUUGAACCUGGAGGCACAUGACACAAUGAGCUAAGUUCAGCACAGAAGAGUGUGUUGGCCUGCCAAAGCCAAAAGACAACCUACGGCAAUUCUGAGUCGGGGAUGAGACGUAGCAACCUUUGGGAUUAUUGCUUAGCAACUGCAAACACAGAGAGGAGUAAAACUCACAGCCCGGCUCUGCAGCAGGUCUGAGAAAUCCCUAAUUCACUUUAAGAUUUUUAAUGCCUGAGAACAGAUGGGCAUAUAUUAAAUUCCUAUUCAUUUGCAAAGCCACUCUGAAAGCAGGAGGAAUAAGAUCUAUUUUGAUACCUGCUCCAAAGUCAUUGACAAAUGGCUGCUCAGCCAGAAGAAGCAGCCCAAACUGCAGGUCUAAAACAUCCCAGACUUGUAGAUAAGAAUACGACUGCCACAGAAAUGAAGAGAAAUCAAGGGAGUGACGAGCUGCCAUGUCGCAGUAAUUGUGCUCCGUGGAAAGAGUGCUUUUAUGAAAAGGUACAGCAGAGGUCUCUGAAUCUGCAGGAGAAAAAGGUGAAGAUGAUUCAGGCACAAAAAGCAAAUGAAGAAAAGGUAAAAAAGAGAGAACCCUGUGACUGGCUAUGCAAAGAGUGGUUCAGUGAUGAGAAGGAGUCACUGGAUACUCGCACCUAUUUGCUUGACAAACUCCUUCCUACAUUAAUCCCAGGAGUGGAAAAGCUGUUAAUGCAAGUGGAAAGAAAGAAAAUGCUUGUACCAGACAAAGAACCAACCAAAUUUGACCCCAUUACUUUUCUUGGAGAAUAUCUGAUGAGACAUAACCCUCAGUAUGAUAUUUCUACAAAGCCAGGCCCCUACCUGAGAGGAAUGAAGAUGGUCACAGAGGAGUUGAAAACUGAAAUGGCAGACACAGCACCAGAGAGGCUGGCCAGGAUGAAGGCUGAGGCAAAGACCAAACGUAAGGAAAGGGAACAAGUGGAAAAUAUGAAGUCUGAGCAGAAAGAAAUGAGAAAGGAGGCACUGGCAAUUCAGUUCAAAGAGUGGACAGUGGAUAUCAGUGGCAGAAUACCAGUUGCACUGAUUCAGAGUGCACUGAGGUCUUUCCUGGAUGUCAUUGCUUCUGCUCCCAUGGAUGCGAGAGAAGCCAUCUAUGACAGGAAGCUGGAAAUCGUAGACACACUGGAAAAAAAAGUAAACGUUGAUGAAUUUACAGAGUAUGUCCAUUCCUACACUGAAACAUUUUCAAAUGACAUGUUCCAAGAAAUCCUGAAGCAUCUCCGUCAGUGUGCUCUUGACUUCCAGAAAGCCAUAAGGUGUGAUAUGUGGAGGCAAAUGUUUACUGAUCUCUUCCUAGAUUGUGAUUAUGGAAAGGAUGCUCCAGUUGCAGAGGCUGUGAAAGAAACUGCUGCUAAGAAAGAGAGUUUUCUCAGUUUGCACAGCGGCCAGUUUGGACAGCAGACAAGCUCAGAGACAAGACUGCAAGACGAGGACCUGCAAGACCAGGGUAAAGGUCCAGCUUAUUCAGACGGACAGGAUUCUCAGACUGAAGCUGGCCAGGAGUUUGAACUGCCAUGGUCAGGUGACCUUCUCACCUCUGACCUAAGCUUCAAGUAUAGCAGCUAUGGAGAGAGAAUUCCAGAGGAAUGGAUCUGUGAGAACACCAGAUUUGCAGACUUACGUCCCAUCAUGGCAGACAUUGAGAACCGUUGUACUUCUCGUGUUAGGAGUGCCUUUGAUGAAAACUGCCUCAACCUGCCACAAUUUGUUCAACUCAUGGAGACAUUUGUUGGUCAAGACAUUUCUCUGCCUACUGUGAAGAGUCUUAUUGAAUUUAUCAAAGGAGAAUACAAACAGACAGAAGAAUCAAAAAUUGAACAACUGGAAAAAGUUUGCCACACCUCUCGCUUGGCCCAACGAAAACUACUUUUGGAAGCACUUUUUGAAAAGUGGGACAUGAAUGCAUCUGGGUUUCUGGACCUGAAAGAGGUGGAUGCUGUUCUAAGCACGUUCAAGGAAGGAAUGGAAAAAGAGGCUUUGAGGAAGGCAAAAAGCCGCUUCAGCUCACGUUACCCACAGUCUUGCAGAGUGGAGAAGCUCUCCCCAAAGGCAUUCCAGACUUUCCUUGAGUUAGUGGCUUCUGAGUUCACUGGGGAUGAAGAUGAAGUUAUUGAUAACCUUGUGGAAUUUUUGACUACAAGCGUGGAACGAAGCUGGAUGGAGUGCCUGCAAAGCUUGACCAGGAGGAAAUGGCUGCACAACAUCCAGCAAGCAGCUGAGACAAGCGGAGCAAGCAUGGAACCCGUUUACAAAGCAGUGUUUAAGGCCCUCUCCCAGGAUGCAGAAGCCCAUGGGGACAACAAGAAGAUCAGUGCAUAUAUUGCCCUUUUGGAAGAGAACCAGCUCUCACCAGAGCGGGGACAGAUUCUCUUACACUAUGUGGCGUGUACCGCAGAUGAUGCUCCAUAUGUUCUCAACCAGAUUCUGUACAAAGACAUGAAAGGAGUAAGCUUUGCAGCUGUCGAAGAGGGAAAACCAAUCCAUGUUCCAAGAGUUCAGCUCCACGGAAAUAUCCACUUCUGGAACUGUGACCGUCCAGUUGAGGAGAGAAGAGGUUCACUUCUGGUACUGCCAUUACAAGAUGCUCACUGGAGGGUCUUUGGCAUUCUAGGACUUGAUACUCUUCGGGACCAGCGUGAGAAAACCAUCUUUCUGACCCAUGAGAUCAGUUUCUGCCAGGGAGUUUCCCUUGCAUUCAGCAAAGCCUACCAUCAUGUGUGCACACUGGAAAACGUUCUGCAAAUGGCCCUCACUGCGCUGGACUGGUUGUAUCCCAGAGUGCCCAGCAUCCACACUGUUAUUACAUACCUGGUGGAGCCUGGCAAAGAUCAGACAUGUGACUAUGCUCUACGUAAAAUGAUUACUACAGAUAAUACAGGACAAAAAGAAAUCCAUACUGCUGCUGUUCUUUUCCUCAGAAAAGAAAACCUUUUAAGAGAUUACCUGUUUAAGUGCAUAGACACUUCAGAAGUCGUUCGCACUUCUGUCUGUGGAGAAUACCACAUUGCAGUACCUCUCCGUGACCUAUCGAGACAAGCUCUUGGGUUAUUUGAUAUCAGCAUCGGACACCACCAGAAAUUACCUCCUCAUGAACAUAAAGACCUGCAGAAAAUGUUGAAGACGGCCCAAGCCGCCUGCUGUGAGAUACUGAAGAUACCUUCAGAGGAAACAAAAGCAACCUAUGUACUAGAGGCAGAAUACAUGAAUUUGAGGCAUGCAGGAAUUCUUUUCCACCGGUUCAUGCUGCAGGACCUACGUGAGUGUGUCCAGAAACUCAAUGCUGAGAGCUUUGCUGAAAUAAAGAGCUUUGAAGAACCACCAGCACUUGUACAUAACAUAGUUAAGGCUGUGCUGUUGCUUUUCAAUCCAAAGUGGAAGGGCUCAGAGAAGAUUGAGAGCUGGAGUCAGUGUAUGCUGAAUCUUGAUGACAAUUUGAUUCAGGAGAUUUAUUGCUUUGAUCCAACUGCUUCAUCUGUGCAAGUUCAAGGAGAGCUGCUGCUGGACUGUAUUGGUGGUGUACCUAGAGCAGAGGUGUGGAAGCAGGGCUCAGUUCCAGCCGAGUACCUGUACAACUGGGUGCACACCUGCUUGUCACUGAUGGAGAUGACAAAGAGCCUACAGAAUAAAAAAGCUCCAGCUUUCACCAGCAAAGUCUAGCAUGCCUUCAGCUGAAACACUAAUUCCUCAUCUAACCCUAGUGGGUUUGGUAUUUGACUGCUUUUAUUUAAUAAACUGGUGCU